AAUAAAGUUUUUUUAUUUGAGUCAGCCUGUAUAAAAAUAUUCCAAUUGCUAUUUAUCAACCAACCAACCAUCAACAUUGCUGAGUUUGUGUGCAAAAAUUAGAAAAUAAAAGAGGGCACUAAAUUAAACCUAAGGAACUUACCAGAAGAGCAGUUUGUUUUAAUACCAAAAAAAGAAAAAUGUUGAUCAAAGUCAAGACGCUUACCGGCAAAGAAAUUGAAAUCGAUAUUGAGCCCACAGACAAAGUAGAUCGCAUUAAGGAACGUGUCGAAGAGAAAGAGGGCAUACCACCGCAACAACAGCGCUUGAUUUUUUCCGGCAAACAAAUGAAUGAUGAUAAAACAGCUGCAGAUUAUAAAGUUCAGGGAGGUUCGGUGUUGCAUUUGGUUUUGGCUCUACGUGGUGGCAUCUUUUAAUUUACUUAUUCACAAUUUUAAGUUAACACAUCAUAAGUCGCUUUUUGUAAAAAAAAUAUAUAAAUUAAUGUAACAA